GUACUUGUUGGCGAACGGGGCAGACCCAAAUAUUCCCGACGAGGAAGGCAACAGGUUGAUACAUUGGUGUGCCUUUUACGGUUCCGUCGAAAUGCUGGAAUCGGCGCUCGAAACCCGUUGCGAUAUCAACGUUCAGAACAAGAAAGGAGACACUCCGUUGCAUCUCGCAGCCAGGUGUAUGCAUUACGAAUGCGUGGACCUUCUGAUUAGUCGCGGGGCAAAUUUGGACCUUCGGAAUUGCAAGGGAUCGACCCCUCGGGAAACCGUGGGAAAUGAUCGGAUGUGUUCUUUGUCGGGUUUGUUGGGUCUCACUGAGGUGCUGAGUUCGGAUGCUGUGGAUUUGCGGAAAGAUGAAGAUGUUGGAAAUGCUUUAGUGAGUGCGGAUCAUCCCGUGCCUUCGGUUUCUUGCAAUGCCGUGCAGAUAAUGCCCGUGAAGUUGCCAACUUUCCGAUCGAAUGGAACGCAACGAGAAUCGGAUAUUGAUCGGUUUUUGUUUCAACAGAUGGAGCUUACCUUGUGGAAUGUAGGCCUUCCUGCAAUUGCGAUCCGAUCCUAUGCAAUAACAAACUUGUACACACCGAGCUCAGAAAUAAAGUCCAAGUACGCCGGAGAAUGCGUGAUGAAAGAAGACGCCUUGAAACGAUGUGAUCUCACGUAUACGUUGCAGUUUGCGAACGAGAAAUUUUUGUGGAUCGACGCGAAAGAAUUCGGCAAUGUGGCUAGGUUUAUUAAUCAUUCCUGUGAACCUAAUUUGAUGGUGAUCCCGGUUCUCCGGGGAAGUGGAAUGGUGAAAUUUGUUGCUGGGCUCUUUGCGUUGAGGGAUAUCCGAGCCGGAGAAGAGCUUACGAUGGACUACGGCAGCCAUGUUCUGGAGCAGCGGGAUUUUGAAUGUCAAUGUGGAUCUCGUUCAUGUGUAUCUCUGAGAGAACUCUUGCCCGACGCGAAUGCUUCUUGAAGACGAAUUUCGACCUAACGUCGUUACGUUGCUGGGGAAACGUCCGAUCAAUUCGACUUAUUUUCGUUCACGUCCAUGCGUUUGGUGCUGGAUUCUGAUCAGUUUUAUCUGCUCUCUUCUGUUUUUUUUGAAUUUCUGUAAAUUAUCUGAAAUGUUUUCGGAAAGCGAUGGUCAGUCGUCAGGUUUUAUUGCGCAGGAGAUGAUUUUGAGUAAUUUUAGUCAUGAACGAAUGUCGCGAUGAGUCUUUGGGUUAAGGAUUCUCCAUAUAGGUAAUUCAUUAAAUGGUUCCUAGCUCUGUCUUCGGACAUGCCUAUGAAUAAUAAACCUUACCCCAAGGUUAAAGUCGUCUUUAGCUAAGCCCUUGAUUCUCAGAAUUCAUUAACCCCUAUAUUUUUACGCGAAAUAUUUUUGCUAUUGAUCCACAUUUAUGCUUUGAAGAAUCUCAGAACGUUCGACUUCCGAAUUAUUCAACAAAAAUGUCUGACCUUGAUUCCUGUAAUGGGGCAUACCUGGCGGAUGAUCGCAAAAUUUAUCAGUAUUCCUCGCUCUGUAAUUGCUUUUUUUAUUAUGGUCAUCGUUGUUCGUUGCGCUUGGUUUGAGUUUAAAAUCGUUUAAUUCGUCGACGAAGCAAAAACAUGUUCGUAAUUUUAAUUCUGGCGCUUUCGUAUUACAUUAAUAUUUCAUUUAUCUAACUCCUGCUUUGAUUAUUUGUAACGGGUCGUUCAAUUUUUUUUCAAUGCCGCAUUUUGGUUAAACUUUUCAUCUUUGCUGCGUUUUUUUGUACCGAUUCGUUUUAAAUAGAAAUGUUUUCAGGCAAA